UUCGAGCACUCAAAAUGACCAACCUCUCCUUCUUCCUCCUCUUCUUCAUCCUCCUGAUCUCCCAUACAAACGCAGGCUUCAACGUCGUAGACUACGGAGCCACACCCGAUGGCGAGACCGACUCCUCUGGGCCAUUUCUCCGCACAUGGGCCGCUGCAUGCGCUGCGUUCGGCCAAUCAAACAUUGUGGUGCCCAAAGGACGGUUCUAUGUGAGCAUGGGAGCCUUUCAUGGGCCGUGCAAUAGUAGUUCCGUGAAUGUGCACGUGUUUGGCUCCAUUGUUGGGCAUGCUGUUCCGCAGAAGACGCAGACUUGGUUGGUUUUUAGGUAUGUUGAUGGGUUGAGUAUUCAGAGAGGGGCCAUCGACGGCCACGGCGGCGAGAUUUGGGGGUGCAAGUUAGAAAGGAAUAAGGAUGAGUGUCCGACUGGUUUAACGACAUUAUCUAUAAAUCACUGUAAGAAUGUCCUGGUCAAUGGACUGACUUUCAUCAACAGCCAAUUGUUCCACAUUGCGAUAUUUGCCAGUGAAUUUGUCACAAUUCAGAAUGUUAAGAUAUUUGCUCCAGAAGACAGUCCCAAUACCGACGGAAUCCAUGUUGGAAUGUCCAACGGAAUCACAAUUACCAACAGUUACAUCAAAACAGGCGAUGACUGUAUCUCUCUUGGCCCUGGAAGCACAGAUGUCCUCAUCGAUCGCGUUUAUUGUGGACCAGGCCAUGGAAUAAGCAUUGGGAGCUUAGCAGAAAGAUCACAUGAGAACGCAGGAGUGCGCAAUGUAACAGUAAAGAGGGUCGUGAUCGCUGGUACAGACAACGGGUUUCGGAUCAAAACUUUUGCGCGUGACAGCGAAGCUUUUGUGGAUCAAGUAUCAUUUCGGCACGCCGUCAUGAGAAAUGUCUCAAACCCCAUCAUCAUUGAUCAGAAAUAUUGCUCCAGCAAAGAAAAUUGUCCCCAGGGUGACUCUGGGGUAAAGAUCACUAAUGUCAAAUUCGAGAAUAUCCGAGGCACAUCAGCAACACCAGUCGCUAUAAAAGUAGACUGCAGUGCAACAAACCCGUGCACGGGCAUCAAAUUGAAGGAUGUAGACCUCAAGUACAGGGAUCAAAUUGCAAAAUCAUUUUGUAGAAAUGCCAAAGGAUCGCUAUCUGGUUUUGUUUCCCCUCCUAUUGAUUGUUUCUGAUCCAUUAAUUAUAGAUAUAGAUUUUGAUGGUGGUAAUAAAUUAUAAGGGAUGUACACAGUGUGAAAUAAUACUGAGACAUAUACAGUGAUGUACGUGUGCUCAGGUCUGGAAUAAAUGUCUC